GGGGGCGUCUGCGAGCUCUCUUGAGUCACCCCCGCGCAGCCGAGGCUUGGCGUGCGAGUCGGACGCCCUCCGUGCCCACCGUGCUCUGUGCUACCGCUUGGCCUGCCCGUCAAGAUGCCUGAGGAAGUGCACCAUGGAGAGGAAGAGGUGGAGACCUUUGCCUUUCAGGCAGAAAUUGCCCAGCUCAUGUCCCUCAUCAUCAAUACUUUCUAUUCCAACAAGGAAAUUUUCCUCCGAGAGUUGAUCUCUAAUGCUUCUGAUGCCUUGGACAAAAUUCGCUAUGAGAGCCUGACAGACCCUUCCAAGUUGGACAGUGGUAAAGAGCUGAAAAUUGACAUCAUCCCCAACCCUCAAGAGCGAACACUGACUUUGGUGGACACAGGCAUUGGCAUGACCAAGGCUGAUCUCAUAAAUAACUUGGGAACCAUUGCUAAGUCUGGCACAAAGGCAUUCAUGGAGGCGCUGCAGGCUGGUGCGGACAUCUCCAUGAUUGGGCAGUUUGGUGUUGGAUUCUACUCUGCCUAUCUAGUGGCAGAGAAGGUGGUGGUGAUCACAAAGCACAACGAUGACGAGCAGUAUGCCUGGGAGUCCUCUGCUGGAGGGUCCUUCACAGUUCGUGCGGACCAUGGUGAGCCCAUUGGCCGGGGUACCAAAGUGAUCCUUCAUCUCAAAGAAGACCAGACAGAAUACUUGGAGGAGAGGAGGGUCAAGGAAGUGGUGAAGAAACACUCACAGUUCAUAGGCUAUCCCAUCACCCUCUACUUGGAGAAGGAACGAGAGAAGGAGAUCAGUGAUGAUGAGGCAGAGGAAGAAAAGGGUGAGAAAGAGGAGGAAGAUAAGGAUGAUGAGGAGAAGCCUAAGAUUGAAGACGUGGGAUCAGAUGAGGAGGAUGAUGGUGGCAAAGAUAAGAAGAAGAAAACGAAGAAGAUCAAGGAGAAGUACAUCGAUCAGGAGGAGCUGAACAAGACUAAGCCCAUUUGGACCAGGAACCCUGAUGACAUCACUCAGGAGGAAUAUGGGGAAUUCUAUAAGAGCCUCACCAAUGAUUGGGAGGACCACUUGGCAGUCAAGCACUUCUCUGUAGAAGGUCAGUUGGAAUUCAGAGCAUUGCUCUUCAUUCCACGGCGAGCUCCCUUUGACCUUUUUGAGAACAAGAAGAAGAAGAACAACAUCAAACUGUAUGUGCGUCGUGUGUUCAUCAUGGACAGCUGUGAUGAGCUGAUACCUGAGUACCUCAACUUUAUCCGUGGUGUGGUUGACUCUGAGGACCUGCCCCUGAACAUCUCCCGAGAAAUGCUCCAGCAGAGCAAGAUCCUGAAAGUCAUCCGCAAAAACAUUGUGAAGAAGUGCCUUGAGCUCUUCUCUGAGUUGGCUGAAGACAAAGAGAACUACAAGAAAUUUUAUGAGGCCUUCUCCAAGAAUCUAAAGCUUGGAAUCCAUGAAGACUCCACAAACCGCCGGCGCCUCUCUGAGCUGCUCCGCUAUCACACCUCUCAGUCUGGAGAUGAGAUGACCUCCCUGUCAGAGUAUGUGUCUCGCAUGAAGGAGACACAGAAGUCCAUCUACUAUAUCACUGGUGAGAGCAAAGAGCAGGUGGCCAACUCUGCCUUUGUGGAGCGUGUGCGGAAGCGGGGCUUUGAGGUGGUGUACAUGACGGAGCCUAUUGACGAGUACUGCGUGCAGCAGCUCAAGGAGUUUGAUGGAAAGAGCCUGGUCUCUGUGACUAAGGAAGGCCUGGAGCUACCAGAGGAUGAGGAAGAGAAGAAGAAAAUGGAGGAGAGCAAGGCAAAGUUUGAAAAUCUUUGCAAGCUCAUGAAGGAGAUUCUGGAUAAGAAGGUUGAGAAGGUGACAAUCUCCAACAGGCUUGUGUCUUCACCCUGCUGCAUUGUGACAAGCACCUAUGGCUGGACAGCCAACAUGGAGCGGAUCAUGAAGGCCCAGGCACUUCGAGACAACUCUACAAUGGGCUACAUGAUGGCCAAAAAGCACCUAGAG